AUGUUCCUGUAUAGAACCCAGUAUCCAAUAAGAUGUACAACUUCUCACCUGACAGAAAAUCUCAAUGGCUGCCUCUCAGCCCAGGGCACGCUGGAAAUUAAAAUUCACCUAUCGAGACAACUACAAGUGCUUACAACUAGUAACUACUACUACUACUACAACUACAACUACAACAAGAUGGCAAUUGACGCAGCUACUUUCAAAUUCGAAACUCCGCAAUUCGACCCAAGAUUCCCCAACCAAAACCAGUCCAAACACUGUGCCCAGUCAUAUAUUGACUACCACAAAUGUGUAAAUGUCAAAGGUGAAGAGUUUGAGCCUUGUCAAAUCUUUUUCAAGACGUUUACCUCCUUGUGUCCUUUGGCAUGGGUUGAGAAAUGGGACGACCAGAGAGCUGCUGGAACUUUCCCUGUCAACUUGGAUGCUUAA